CAGUCGGGGAGAGUGGGCCGUUGUAUGUCCAACGAUUUUGUUUUAUUUUGGGCGUAUUUUAUUUAAAUAAAUCGUUUUCCUAGCUAAUUAAUAUUUUGUACACAAUAAAAACUGAACUUUGCAACAUAAUGAAGUGUGACAUUAAUACAGUAGUGUGAGAAAUACCGUGAACUGCCCAUAUUGAUGAAGGCAACCGUAACAUAAAAUAUAAUCGAAUGAGGGUUUUCUAAUAAAAAUUGUGGGAGUUUUGUGAAUAAAAAUGGGGAAAUUGCUGAGUUUGCUGGCACGCGACGACUCGAACUGUUGUUCGUCGCCGCGAUACGAUAUUUUCUUGGACUUUGAGAACGCUGCGCCUACGGAGACCGAAAAGGAGGUGUAUGAGGAGGUACAGAGGGUGUUAUUGGAUUCAGAGAGAAUUUUGGAAGAGAUACAGUGUUACAAAGGGGCGGGGAAGGAGAUCCGGGAGGCAAUAGCGGACCCUUCACCUAUAUCCCAGGAGCGCGCGUGGCGCGCCAUCAAACCCCUGGUGGAUAAACUGCUUCGCUGCUACAACCACUCCCUACAGCUACAACGCGUGGUGCCUCGUCUCCUGGGUUCCCUGGUGGGAGGCGGCAUGAGCCCCACACAACACUUGGAGCAGCAGCAAGCACUGGUCAAGCAGUUCGCAGAGAUACUAGAGUUCGUACUCAAGUUCGAUGAACACAAGAUGAAGACGCCGGCGAUCCAAAACGACUUCAGCUACUACAGGCGAAGCGUCUCCCGGGGAGGACUCAUCAACGCUGAUCUUCCACCAGGCGAGGAGCCCCACAUAGGAGCAGAGGUCGCCAAUAGAAUGUCCCUGUUCUACGCCCAAGCCACGCCCAUGCUGAAGGUGCUAUCCGAAGCCACCAGUCAGUUCGUCAAUGACAAUCAGCAGGACUUGGAGAAUACCACGGAAACCCUCAGCACCAUGGCCAAAGUGUGCCUCAGGAUGUUGGAGAAUCCCAAACUGGUGGCACAGUUCAGCCGCGAGGAGACAUCGCUGCUGGUGUUGCGCGUGAUGGUGGGUCUGAUCAUCCUGUACGACUGGGUGCACCCCGCCGGCGCGUUCUGCCGCGCCUCCUCAGUCGACGUCAAGGGCUGCGUCAAGUUCCUGCAACAGCAGACGCCUGCCAAGGCCGAGCCGUUGCUAAACGCUCUCAGGUAUACAACAAAGCACCUGAACCACCAAUCGACGCCGAAGAACAUCAGGACGCUGUUGGCGGCGUGAGGCCAGCACUCCAGCCUUGCAUGUUGUUGUGGGGAAUGACGAGACAAUAACCUGGGAAACGUACCCGCUUUACCACGCACACUAUACAUACUAGUGCCAAUCCGGGCAGUCACAAACUUAAUUUUCAGCUGGUCACUGUGCUCCUAUGGUACGCCGCCUUGCUUCUCAAUCGCGGAGCGCCGGUUCGAAACCCGGUACCAGACUUACACAAAUAAUUAAAGCAUAUAAUAACGGGUUCUUACCGCGUUUAAAUGGGGAUAUGAGACUCCCGAUAUUUCGGGAUUAAACGCGGUAAAAACCCGUUAUUAUGUGCUUUAAUUAUGAUAAUAACCGCGUAAACUUAAAACAAUUUACACAAAUAAGUUAAUAAUUUAUCUCAAGUGCAAUUUUCACUAACACAAUUGGCUCGACCAUUAUAGACGGCGAUACGGUGCACCACCUAUCAUGUUGGUCUAACAGAAAGCUCGGUGAGGUGUGUAUACUUAGGUCGUCUUGCGAUGGAUGUACCUCUGACUACCCCGAUUGGGAUAUAGUCGUGAGCUUAUGUCUAUGUUAUGGUGACCAUUUGAGGUAACAACGUAAACGCACGAAUAUAAUUCCACUUCGGCUAGUAAAAAUGACAUCCAUCGCAAGAUGAACUAAUUACCCACACCUCACUGAGCUUUCUGUUAUACCAAUCGCCGCUAAAGGUACGUGAGGAGGGCGUGAUUGACAAGACUUGACACUUGAUUAGCUGAUUGAGUCAGCUUGAUGUUUGUCUACCCAUUAUCUGAUACUUCCGUCCUGCUCACAUACCACAGGCGGUGACCGGCACUUCCGCGCAGGCUAUAUAUAGUUCGACAGCCCUAAAACUAGCUCUAUCUCUUUCUUGUCCUUAUCGGAAGUGAAGGACGGCACUAGUUUACGAGCUGUCAAACUAAUUUAAGGUAAAGUUUGUGUCCGCCCUAAUAGGCAGUUAGGCACCGCUGUAGUGACCUACUCUUCUCUAUGUUAUUUUUUUUCUUUAAGUAUUUUCCUUGAAUAUAAGAUUUUGCAAUCUGUAUUCCUACUUCUUACUGCACCAUUUCUGUGUGGGAGGGUAAGCCAAAUAUUUAGGCUUGGAUAUUUAAUAUAAAAAUUAUGAGGCUUUUUUAUUUUUAUAAUAAUGCAUCUAAAAAUUGCGUUUUCCAGUAUUUUUAUACUCAUAUAAGUAGGUAACCCUCUUUCGAUAACCGUGCACUGUCUUUUAGGAAAAUCCGCCAGGUGGCGCUGCUAUACUAUACCAACUUUAUGGUCGCACAAAAAUUAUGAAGCCAAUUCAUUAUAACACAUUUACGAUAUUAUUUAGUGCUGGUAACCACGAAAACUUAUAUUCACUUGCAUAGAUUAAAAGUUAAGAAUUCGGUAUUAAAAAAUCCAAAGUAUUUUUGAAAGUUUAGACCCUUAAAUGCAUAGAGUUAAGAGUAAGAUGCUUAUGAAGCAAGUAAUAUAACGUCGAGAAGUUUCCCCACUUCCCCCAAUGCAAGGUCAUCUAGUUAGGUCACACUUCAGUCAGUCGCAAACCCUAGGCUAGCCUUUAUAAACCCUUUAUUAGGAAAGCUUAAACUAGAUACUUCUAAUAACUUUUAUAAUCUAAGAAAAAGUAUUAUUUAUGUUAUAUCUUGCAGUGUAAAAUUGCCUUGAAUAUAUCGAUUGGUUACCACGUCUUUGAUUGUGCAAUAUAAGUUUAUUAGUCCCACGCUAUUCUAAGAAGUUUACUCGGGCCUUCCGCGCAUCCGUCCUUAGUUGAGGUGACCAUGAGGAAGACCUCGUAAUCAGCUGAAAACCUUACAUCGAGUUUACUCCAGUCAGGUUGAGUGGAGGCAUGACAUCAUAUUCGUAUUAUUUUGUUGGCAGCAUGACAUGCUCGAUAAAUGCCAACUUAAAAUACUAAAAUCCUAAGCUGAGGGCGAGUCGAGGAAGUUUCGAGUUAGCAUCUUAGAAUUCGGGUGCCGGUGUUCGUAUAUGAAUAUUUUAUUAUAUACGGUUUAUAUGUAGCGUAAAUAUACUGUUCGUUAUACGUUUUGUUCCGUAACCUGACGAAGUAAAUAAUUCUGUACAUGCUUCGUGGCACAUUGCAACUGUGAAAUAAAGCUUGUCUUCACUACUAAGGGCGGCUUCGCACUACAUCCGACUAUCCGAUCCGAGACUGAAAAUGGCGGAUAGUAGAAAAUUACUUAUAGAUAUCGAAUGGACCACCUAUCACGGUGGUGUAAAAGAAAGCUAGGUGAGCUGUGGGUACUUAGUUCAUCUUGCGAUGGAUUUACCUAGCUCGUCAAUUGGGAUAUAUUUGUGUUAUGUGUUAUCGAAUGGAUGUAGUGCGCAAGCUACCAUACAAAUAGUCGUAACCACUUCGGAGCCGUCAUUUGACUAACUCCGGUCGGAUAAGAAUAGGAAAUGUGCGAAAACGCCCUAAAAGUCACGAGAAGUCAAUUUUGCAUAGUAGGUUUUAUUUUUCACACUGGCUCCCGUUUACUAUGAGCCUGGCAAAGUGGAGUUCCCUCGUGAUUUUUACUGAAUAUUUUCUUCUUGCCUACGUCACAGACUUGUCUGGAUAAGGAUAUGCGACUUUUAAUAUGGGCUAGAGGAAAAAGACGUAAAGUUACAACUUUAUUUUACACAUCUGUGUAUGCAUGGACGCGUCUCCUUCGAGAAGACUGAAAAUAUAAUGCUCGCGACUCAUUUAGUUCGCAAUAACACUAAUAUAGUUUCGCAUUUAACUCUAAUAUAACAAAUUAAACAUAAAAUAAACUAAGAGCAAGCCUUAGUUUGGAAUAAAGCCAGAGGCAUUUUGACGGAACGGAAUUUAAGUCUGAUGCCUUUUAAACUUAUUGUAAAUGGUAAAUCGUGUUAACACUGGUGCUAAUUCCCGUAGACACCAUCUAACUUAAAGUUAUACCUGUCAUUUUCAUAUCCGCCGAAAAAGAAAGGGACGCAAGAUUAACGACUGUUAAUUUUAUAAUGAAUGAAUAAACCGGGCGAAUCAAAUAUAUCCUGCUCGUAUUGAACCCGUUUGACGUGUGCUGUCAACUUAAUUCUGUGGGUUAUUCUACGGGGUUAUUGGCCGCUAUAACAUUUUAGAGGGUUGUUUUACAUAUCUGUCUAAAAUUAACGUGUUCCAUAAAUUUUAUUUUUUUAAUUUAUUAAUUUUAUUAGAAAAUGACAGGUAUAAUUUAAAAUAAAAUUAGAUGCUGUGUACAGGAAUUAACACCACUAAUAAAUUUAUGCAUGUACCACUGCCUUGAUGUUAUCUAUCAUAGUAAUUUUAAAUGAAUUUUAUAUAUCGCGUUUCAAUAUUGACGAGUAUGUUUAAAUAAGAAUUAAAAUAAGCAUGUACACUAUUUGAUUACUAUUUACUAUAUCUUUGUUACUUUAAAACUAUUGUACCUAUUGUAAUCCAUGUUCAGUCUAUAGUUUGUUGACUGGAAUUUUUGGCGACUUCCAACCGUUACCUUCGCUCAAAUGACAUUACUCAAUAGAUAUAUAUCUACGUUAAAUGCACAAGUACUUCUUGAAAUGUUUCUACUAAAAGUCUAAUUUGAUUACUGUUGUCUAUUUUCACUUGAGCACAAUUACAGCGUCUUCUCUUUCGUGUAUAGCGUUAAGUAUUAAAAUAUAUUAAGUAUAUUAUAGAUAUAAUUGCACAGUCAGCACAAUACUAGUAUAUAAUAGAUAUAAAUGGUAGGUGUAGGUACCCAACCAUUGUUAAAACAUUCAGAACCCAUUUUAUUUCUAAUUUACACGUGAACUUGUGACAUACAACUGAAUUGCAUUUAUCAUAAGGAAUUGACGAUUUGAAUUGAUAUAAGACAUAUUCCAAAUUUAUCACUGCCCAGAGACCUUUUAUAUUUUUUAUAAUUAAUAAGUUUUCUAAAGGAUAUUCCAUUUCGAUGAUUCCAUGUAAUGACCACUCCGUACGGAGUAUAAAGAAGCGAUUAGUGUAGUGAAAGUAAUUGCUUAUGAAAUGAACGUAGAGUUUUUAAUUCGGGAUCUAAAGCGCCACAUUGAAAUAAUUCAUAUAAAACGCAAUAUCCUCGUAAGGCCCGGAUUUCCAGACACAAUAGUUAAACAAUGGGAUUUGGAUUUUAAAAGGACUUUGGGCCUUACGACCAUAUUGUAAUUUGAUUUGCAUGUCAAAAAAAGUGAAAUAAAAUAUAACUUUUUUGGAUGAAUGAGGACUUUUAAGGCUACGUUCCCAAAAAAAAAAGAUGGUGCUGUAAAGUUUUUUUUUCGUUUAACCUUAUAAUUUCAUGGAUAACAGACAUAUGCGCAUCUUUUAUCUUUGUUUUUGGGUAUAAAUGAUGACCCUUUUUAUUACAUUCUUAUCAAAAUAAAGAGAAGCAAUAUAAGUAGCAAGAUAAUUCUGUAGGUGCAUAAUGUAAUCCAAAUAUCAAGCAACAAUCAUUUUUGUUAUGUUUCUGCCAUUACAUAGUAUUUUUGAAUAAUUAUAUACCCAAGUAAUGAGGAAAUGGGUAAUACAUACAUACAUACAUAAACUCACGCCCGUAAUCCCUAACGGGGUGGGCAGAGCCACAAGUAAUCAAAGACAACUUGCAGCCACUGUUGAUACGAUGUCGUAAGCUGGAUAUGAUGAACCUUAUGGUGAUAAGGGAUCAGCCUAUCGCCCAUAACAUUAGUCCACCAUGUUAGAGGACACAAUCCCUCUGUCGGUUUUUACGACAUGCCCGGGAAGACAAGCAGCUGAACGUGUUCUAUGUUUUAUAUUUGCUCCCAGAACAGCAUAGAAGCAAUGUAGUGUAGAAAUGGGUAAUAAACACGUUAAAUCUCGGGAACGCAGCCUGGAAAGUCCCUCGUUGCUUCAAUAGUAGUAUUUUUAAUCCCCCAAGAACUUAUUGACAAAGAGAAAAAAUCUGGAAAUGUUUGCCUCUAUUUCUACAACAGUCUAAAUAAUUGAGGUUGCUUUAGUGGCGAACUGUUUUGUCUCUUGUUAAAUGUUUGUCUACCUAGUUUAAAAAUAAAUAAAUGCAUGAGCACAGGUAAAGAUAAAAGUUGUUUUUCAAAUAUUACAUACAAUUUUGUUAUAAAUGUAAACCUUAGAUAAAUAUUUAGCAAAUUCUAGACUCCGUUUGUUAUUCAAAUAUCGUUCAUAUAAUUUUAAAUUGAGGUGGUUUGUAUGAUAUACCUAUUUAGUUGUCAUUUAUUUAUUGUAUAUAAUAAACACACCAAAGUUAUAAUAAAUUUGAAUAGACUCUUGUA